GGCAGAGUGUGUUGGAGCCAAAGCUGAAGAUGGGGUCCCCUCUGGGGGGUCGAAGCCCUGGCCAGCCCUGGAGGGUAGUUUGGUCUCUGUGGGGACGAGCCGUGUCAAGAUUAGUCUGGGAUCGGACAACGAGGCUUUUUGAAGAAGAUGAAGAGACGCUGGUUCUGACAUGCAACGAUGAAUUGAAUCGAACCUACAACGAGGGUGAAAGAUCGCUUGUUAAAAGCGUCAAAAGCAGAAAUAAUCCCCAGAGUGAUGACGCCAAAGAAAGCCAAUCAUUCACAGGUGAAAAUGGACAGGUUUUCACACAUGAAGAUGGCAAAACCUUGAAGGAUAAACACAAAAGUUUAAGAUCCACUGUUAGUUCCGGGCUGGAGAGUCCAACGUUUGAAGAAACUGGAGCUGAAGUACUCUCCACAUCUGUUGAUGUAACUUCAGCAAACUCCUGUCCAAUCAAAAAUACAAAAGGCUUCGGCAAGGGAAAACAACUGUCUGAGAUGCAAGGAGACAAGAGGGAGAAGAAUUUAAGUUUAAACCAGAAUCCAGAGAAAAAGUGUACUUUCUGCAUGGUACACAGGUCUUCUAGCGGGAAACUCUCCGGAGAUAGAAAUAAGGAAAAUGAAGAGGAUGAAACGACGGGCACUCAUAAUCUAUUAAUCUCACUUCAAAAAGAGCAUGUCACCACAAAUCUGGCCUCUCCAGUUCGAAGCCUCAGCACUGAUGCCACAGCUCUGAAUUCCCACCCCACCAUCACGGCCUGGGAGGCCAGCUGGAACGUCACAAAUGCCAUCCAGGGUAUAUUUGUAUUGGGAUUGCCAUUUGCUCUGGUUCAGUCAGGCUACGUGGGGUUGAUGGUGCUUGUUCUAUCAGCCUGGGUCUGCAACCACACAGGAAGGAAGCUGGUGGCCUGUUUGUACGAAGAGGAACGCAGUGGAAAAUCUAGCUUUGUGUCUAAGGUCAGAGUCCGACACAGCUACCAGGAUAUCAUGGACGCCUGCUGCAAAGGACUGUGGCCAAACUGGUCAGUAGUUGGAGGAUGGAUGAUCAAUAUAGCCCAGGUAAUUGAGCUGCUGAUGACCUGCACCCUGUACCUGCUUGUUUCCACCAGUCUGCUGUGUGACAGUCUGUCAGCAGUGGCUCCUCCCAGAUCGGCGUGUUCACUGAUGUCGCUGAUGUUCCUUCUGCCCUGCUUGCUGCUAACUGAUCUCAGACCAGUCUCCGUGCUCAGCCUGCUCUGCUCCCUGGCUCACAUACUGAUAAGCCUGUUAGUCAUAUUGUACUGUCUGAGUUGUGCCAGCAACUGGUCCUGGUCCUUCCUCUCUCUGUCUGUGGACCCAGAAGACUUCAUUGUCUCAGUAGGUGUCAUCAUCUUCUCCUACACCUCGCAGAUCUUCCUCCCUCCAUUAGAGGGCAUCAUGGAGGACAGAGGGCAGUUUGACACCAUGCUGGGGUGGACCCAUGGAGUUGCAUGCAUCAUGAAAACUACUUUUUCAUUACUGGCGGUGUUGACUUGGGGACCAGAGACCAGUGAAGUCAUCACUGACAACCUGCCCCCUAACCUUCGACCUGUUGUCAAUCUGUGUCUUCUUGCAAAAGCUCUUCUGUCUUACCCUCUGCCCUUCUACGCCACUGCUGAGAUUCUUCAAACAUGUUUGCUCAGAGAUGCUUCCCUCUCAUCUCCUUCCAAACAGAGAACUCAGGGAGUCUCUUGUCCGACUCUGAUGGUUCGCGGCGCCUUGUUGUUGUCUUCGUACUUACUGUCCCUGCUAGUGCCCAGGUUUUCCCUGCUAAUGGGGCUGACGGGGAGUGUGACUGGAGCGGCGAUGACACUCAUACUCCCAUGUCUGUUUCAUCUGAAGCUGCGGUGGGGACGGCUCGCUGUGCAGGAGCGGCUGAUAGAUAUGUCUAUUCUGAGUCUGGGGGUUGUAUGUAGUGUUGCUGGUGUGGUUUGUUCAGUGAAAAGAAUGCUGUAGGAAGUUUAAAUUAAGUUAGAAAAUAAAUUAAAUUGGUAAUUUUGGGUAGUUUUUUUUUUUUUUUAGAUCAAUAUUACUUGUGCUUAUUUCUUUGUUUUAUCAUAUUUUUUAUUUCUAAAUGGAGAGCGUUCUUUCUUUCUCCAGAGGUCAAACUGGUUCAAACCCUUCACAGAAAUGUUGUGCAUUCAGAAAGUAUUCUUUAAAAGGACCCUGGAGGAAAAUGGAAAUUUUUUUUAUGAAAAGUGGUUAACCUCUCAAAUAUGGUUUAUGCUGUAAAUAAGUGAAAAUACUGCAUUUAUAUCACAGAAUGCAUUAUAUUAACUGAGUAGCUAAAAUUUAAGCAUGUGCAUAAUGGUGAACCUUGAUAUGGAUUAUGGCAAAAAUAUGUUACUGGAGAGUAAAUGAGCAUGAAAUCGUCUUGUAUUUACUACAUAAAUAGCAUAAAUAAUUAAAAUUAUUCUAUAACAGAGUUGGUAUUAGCCAUUUCUUUAAGUACUGAAUUUUUUUGUUAAUUAUAUUGAGUUCUUUUUCAGGUGGCAACAUCUUCACAGAAAUACCAAACAAAUAAAAUAAAAAUAAAAAUAAACAAUUCUUCCACUGCUUGAACAAACCAGUUUUAGUUAAAGGUUACUGGUGAGGACACAAUUAAACCAUUAACGUGGGAGGUCAAGGGAUUCUUUGAGGUUUUCAAAAACUCUAUUUUGAACAAGAAGUUUGACAUUUUUCCUCUACAUCCAUCGUACAUAAUCGGAAAGAGAUUACAGACUGCAGUUAUGUUGCCCUUAAGUCUGUUGAGGAUGUAAACCUUCACAUGUAAAAGACGAAUCGCUAAGAAAAAAUAUAAUCUUUACAGCUACGUUCCUGCCAACUGUGUCCCGUUUGUCCUUGUAAAAGAAAUGUGACAUUUCAUCAAUUAAACUAAUAAAAUUUUAAACUCUCUUUUCUUAUCUUGUGUGCUGAAAACGUUAAAGUUGAUAUUGAAAACAAAGAUUGUCACAAAACUGUGCACUGAA